GCGCGCGCUCGAGGAGUGCAAAGAAGAAAAUGACUUCGAACAAGAGCUUGCGCAUGGAUGACUUCCUCGCGGGAUGGGUCGGAGGGGCAUCCAGUGUGGUGGUGGGACAUCCACUGGACACUGUCAAGACGCGACUCCAGGCGGGCAAAGGCUACAAGAACAUGACGGACUGCGUUGUCACCAUCUACAGGAAGGAGACGGCGGCGGGCUUCUUCAAAGGCAUGUCGUUCCCGCUGGCCACCGUCACGGCGUACAACUCGCUGGUGUUCGGCUUCUUCAACAACGCCCGGCGCUUGAUCUGCGAGCGGCGCUACGGCGACGAGCGCCGCCCGGCCGGCCUGGCGGACGUGACGGCGGCCAGCAUGCUGACCGGCUUGGCGUCGGUGAGCCUGGGCGCCCCCGUCGACCUGGUGAAGAUCCGGCUGCAGAUGCAGACGCACGCGGCCGUGCCGGCGGACAGUUUCCAGCUGGCGGGCAGCGCGUCCCACAAGAUGGCGACGGCGGCCCCGUCGGGCACGCGCUCGCUGCACGUGUCCAACGGCGGCGGCGGCGAGCUGUACCGCGGGCCGCUGCAUUGCGUGAGCGGCAUCGUGCGGCGCGAGGGCCUCCCGGGCCUGUACCGCGGGGGCGGCGCCAUGCUUCUCAGGGACGUGCCCGGCUACGCCCUCUACUUCGUGCCCUACGCCGUCUUCUGCGACCUCCUCAAAGCCGACGCCACCUCCGAGCCUCACCCCUGCUCUAUUUGGCUGGCCGGCGGACUCGCAGGUUCCAUUUCCUGGGUGACGGCCACGCCCGCCGACGUGGUGAAGAGCCGCCUGCAGGCCGACGCCCACCUGCACAGGAAGUACAACGGCGUCCUUCACUGCAUCCUGCAAAGCUACAAGACGGAAGGAGCACAGGUGUUCUUCCGCGGCGCAUCGGUGAACGCCAUCCGAGGCUUCCCCAUGAGCGCCACCAUGUUCCUGGCCUACGAGCUCUCGCUGCAGUUCUUCCAGACAUUUUAG